AUGAGUGUUGACUCUCAUAGCUUCGAGCAGGAUGCUUGCCGUACCGGUCUUCCUCUCGCGUUAUUCCAGAAGAUCUGGUCUCCCUUUGCGAAAAUACUCGAGCAGGUGAAGCAAGCUCCGCCAGAGCAGCAGCCAGCGAAGCAAGAUGCAAAUGUUUUGAACGAUGAGGAUUUGGCCAAGAGAUGGGAGUAUCGAGAACAGAGAUUCUCCGAGGCAAUGGACAGACUCCGAACUUCAUCUGGCGAAGCCGCAACAUCUCCCACAGCACCGUCCGAUUCUUCAACGGCGACGAUGUUGGAACACGUUGAUUGCCCUGCAUCCCUGUCCUGGGAUCCUGCACCAGUCGAAGCGAGCGUGUCGUUGAUGCCGCUGACUCACGGGCCGAGGGCGAACGAGACGCUCGUCAAUGAGCAUCAUCGGGAAUGUUCAGAUGAUCCCACGCCAGACUUGGCUUCAGAUGCGACAUUCGUGCGAGUUGCCCCUGGUCCAGUCUGCGGCGCUAUCGGAUUUGAUCUCUCCGAGUUUUUGACAAGUGAUGCAAUCACAGACGACGGCGCAGUGGACGUUUCGGGCUGA